AUGGCUCGUCUCAAAGAUAUACCGAAUGAGAUCCUCACGAGUAUCUUCACCCAUCUCUCUGACAUCAACCACUCCAGCAUCUUCAACGUCACUCUCGUCAACAAGCAUUUCAAUCAGCUCGCCAGCCCUCUCCGCGUCCGCCACUGGAGCGAUGAAGGAUACUACGGCUACUACGACGGUGAUUCGCCAUGUCCACCAAUCUCAAGACUAGCGCUCGAACUCUUGCGCCACCCUGAAUAUCGUCUACAAGUCAGGACUCUAUCGUUUUCAUACUUUCAAAGAAGUGGUGAUCGCGAUGCGGCUCGGAUUCCCAUGAAACCUGAAAAUCUCCAGAUGCUCGCUUGGGCAGCUGAAGAAGUGGUUCCGACACUCGCUGAGUCAACAUAUAUAUGUGCCCGUAUUCUCGAAGACAAUGACGACGCUAUCGCUGUGCUCGUCCUGGCAUGGGCGACGAACUUGAGAAGCCUCAGUGUCACCAUUCCGUUCUUUGACCCGACACCAGAAUAUGAUGAGGGUCCUUUGGUUCUGCGCUUUGCAAAGCAACUGGCUCUUCGUUUUGACAGCAAAGACCUCAAACCAAGCACACCGCUACCACUGGCGAAGCUUCGCGAACUCGAGUUUCGACACGAAAACAUCGAAAGCAUUGUUGGGCUCAAGUACCUGACGCCGUUUCUGUAUCUCCCUAAUCUCAAGAACCUCAAAACGUAUAGACUUGGUGAUCAAGAGUACAACGAUACUCAAGAGAGCGUCCAAAACUAUAUCAGAGACAAGUAUUGCAUGCCAUUUCCGAAGGGUACUUCGUCUAUUGAGUCCAUCACCAUCAAAGAGUCGACCUUGUCGAGUGAUGGGCUCUCAGAUCUUCUCGGAUCUUGCCGCGGCUUGAGGCAUUUCUACCUCCACUUCUCCUUCGACCUCGAGGAGAAUAAACGCAACUGGACAACACUAGCUAAGAGCCUUGUUAAUCAUGAAGAAUCUCUGGAGGACUUGGAUCUAUGUGUUGAUAACUGUGAUGUUGAGUGGGUAGGAGAUACUGUUGACGAUGGGGCAGGCGAUCCGAAGCCUGUCGAUUUCACAGAUUGCUACCACCAUCUCACUGGUCUCAAAGCCCUUAGGGUUCCUAUGCCUCAACUAUCUGGCUACGAUCUAUGGAAGCAUUCAGGAUGUCCAAAGGCUAGUCUUGUGCGCUUACCGGAAUCUAUCCAGCAUCUCAGACUCUUAGACAUCAACUUGUGGUCUAACGCCCGACGCCUUUCCGAACAUGAAAUCUCGCCCUUCUUGGAUUUUGUUCUUAAUCUCAUCAAGGAGACAGGACCAGAGGGCCGUUUAAGAAAUCUGCAGACACUGGAUUGUUCCAAAGCACUUUGGGACGACCCGAUGAGAAAAAAGAUACAAGAAAUCAAGAAUCUGGCGGAAGAACGUAGGGUUAUUAUUCUCCUUCACUCAUAA